AUGUUGAAGAUAUCAUUGAUUACUGUCUUUGUGCUGGCCGCCUCCGUUACGGCCAAACCACUAGUGACCUCAUAUAGUAUUAUGACGUCUCCAAUGACUUCUGCUUCCCUGGUAGCUCCUGUGUCUUCUCCCUUCGCUUCAAUUGUUGCCACACCAGUUGAUCCAGCGGUGGCCGCAUCGUACGUUUCUGUUCCAUUUGCAUCAGUGUCAGAUAAUAGAUAUUCUAUUGGUUCAUCGUUAAACUGGCAAGACCUCAUUGGCAUACUGGUAGUU